UGAAGGAUCCAACAAAACCACAAAACAUGCUUUUUUCACACUGUAAUAACAAGAAGAAGCUCCACGACCAUUUCUAAGGCUUCAAUGCAUUUACAGAAAUGUCCACUCAGAGAACUCAAAUCUCUCUUAUUGACAUGUAAAGAUAGAAUAUCCAUUUCCAAAAUCCAUACACUUCUGAUAUCAUCUGGGCUUUCAACCCAUGGAAUUCUAAAUUCUCAACUAAUUGCAUCCUAUGCAAAAGUUGGUGACAUUGAGUUCGCUCGGAAAGUGUUCGAUGAAUUGCCCAAGAGAGGCAUUGAUGUUUGGAAUGCGAUGAUCAUUGCCUAUUCAAGGAAGGGGCACCCUUCUGAGGCUAUAAAUCUGUAUAAAGAAAUGAUCUUUGCUGGUGUAAAACCAGAUAGCUCAACUUUCACAGCAGCACUCAAGGCCUGUAUGAUACUGUCAGACUUGGAAUUGGGUGAACAAAUCUUGCAGAAGGCCCGUGAGUGUGGAUACGAGAACGAUGUGUUUGUUGGGUCCUCAAGUUUGAAUUUUUACUCAAAAUGUGGGAAGAUAGACAGCGCGAUGAGUGUCUUUGAGAAAAUGGAGCGGAAGGAUGUUGUUUGCUGGACUACCAUGAUCACAGGCUUUGCACAGAGUGGUAAAGUGAGAGAGGCAGUGGGGAUGUAUCAGAGGAUGCAGAAAGAUGGUUUGGAAGGCGACGAGGUUGUGAUGUUGGGCUUGAUUCACGCCAGUGCUAAUAUUGGCGAUAUAAAGUUGGGUUGUUCAAUUCAUGGUUAUAUGAUCCGAAAACAUCUUCCCAUGAAUGUACUUGUGCAGACUAGCCUAGUCGAUAUGUAUGCCAAGAACGGAGCGCUAGAGCUGGCUUCCCGAGUGUUUAGGAGACUGCAUUGCAGGAACUCUGUUUCGUGGAGUGCUUUGAUCUCCGGGUAUGCUCAAAAUGGACUAGCCGAGGAUGCACUCGAGCUGUUAGUGGAGAUGCAAAAUGCGGGAUUUGCACCCGACAUGGCUUCACUAGUUAGCGCGCUUCUAGCGUGCUCUCACGUUGGGUUUUCGAAAUUGGGUAAAUCAGUUCACAGUUACGUUCUAAGAAGGUCUGAGAUGAAUCGGGUUUUGGGCACUGCAUUGAUCGACAUGUAUGCAAAAUGUGGACUUAUUGCUUGUGCACGAACUGUUUACGAUCACUUGAUUCUCAAAGACUUGAUAUGCUGGAAUGCAAUUAUAGCAAGCUAUGGGAUUCAUGGGCUUGGAGGAGAGGCUCUAUCCCUUUUCUGUCAGAUGAAGGACACAAUGGAGCCCGACCAUGCGACUUUUGCUGCUCUCUUUUCUGCUUUGAGCCAUUCAGGCUUAGUGGACGAAGGGAAGUAUUGGUUUGAUAUCAUGAUCAAUCGAUACAAGAUUCAACCUACCGAGAAACAUUAUGCUUGUCUGGUUGAUUUGUUGGCUCGUGCUGGACAGGUCGAGGAAGCCAAAAAACUGAUCAGUUCUAUGCAAAACGAACCCGGGAUUGCUGUCUGGGUUGCCCUACUGUCGGGCUGCCACAACCACAAAAAAAUUCUGAUCGGGGAGCUGGCAGCGAGGAAAGUACUCGAGCUAAAACCAGACAGUCUCGGGGUUUAUGUUCUAGUCUCCAACUUCUUCGCUGCAGCGAAGAAGUGGGAAGAAGUAGCCACGGUGAGAAAGUGUAUGAGAGGGACCGGGAUGAAGAAAGUCCCCGGUUACAGUCUCGUGGAAGUAAAUGGCAGGCUCCACGCGUUUCUCAUGGAAGACAAGAGCCACCCUCAGCACGAUCAGAUAGCCGGGAUGUUACAGAAGCUGGAGCGGGAGAUGGCAGCCGUGGGGUAUUGUCCAAAGACGGAAUCUGUGUUGCACAAUGUCGAGGAGGAUGUGAAAGUGGCAAUGCUGUGCAGUCACAGCGAGAGACUUGCCAUCGCCUAUGCGCUCUUGAACACAGCCCCGGGAGCCCGAUUAAUGGUCACGAAGAACCUCAGGGUCUGUGGGGACUGCCAUGAAGCAACCAAGUUUAUCUCCAUCAUUGUGAGAAGAGAGAUCAUUGUGAGAGAUGUGAAGAGGUUUCAUCACUUCAAAGAUGGUGUGUGCUCUUGUGGUGACUACUGGUGAAGUGGUAAAUAUGUUGCUUACAAAUAGUUUUAAAAUUUUAUUAAAAGUUGCCUUCAAUAUUAGAAAAGGAGGAUUGGGCAAACACCUUCUGCGGGCUCAGAUGGCACCUUUGUGAGGGAAGGUUACAGGAUCGAACCCUGGUGGUGGGGUAUUAACUCUUUGGGAUGCAGUAAUUAGAUAGAGUAAAGAACAGAUACUACCUUGUAAUAGAGUCAAUAGUAUGUUUUUUUUUUUUUUUUUAAAGAUGAUUGGGGCUAAAGUUUUAGGCCUUUUAAUGUUGCUAUAGUGGCUUGGGACAGAGGAUUCCAUGUGGUUGUGACUAAAAGUGAUUCAGGAACAAUUGUUAAGUGGUUGAAGAUCAAGAGGUUCUCACGGUUUAAUGUUUAAUAUGAUUGAAGCAUGCAACCGAGAGAUGGGACAUAAGUCGAAAACUCAAGUGAUUUACAUCUAUAGAGGAUUAGAACAACGCCAUAAUAUUUCAAGAUCAACUCUCUGUAUGAGCUGUUUAUUGGUCUUCUCAAUUUGAGUCGGCCAAUUAUAUAUGGACAACCUAGGUUGGUUUACUUCCUUAAUCUUUAUAGUCUUUUACCGGCUAAGGUCACAAAGCAAGCUUUACUCAAAAUGCACACUAUAGCCACGGUGAAUUUUUCUAUAAAUCAAAGAACAAAGCCACAAAUUUUUUGGUGA